AUGGGACCCACAGAAAGCAUGUUGGUGUGCACAAAAGCAGCACAGCAAGACAAGAAACCAAGGCCACCAGAACAAGCCCUGAAAUGCCCUAGAUGUGAUUCCACCAACACCAAAUUCUGCUACUACAACAACUACAGCCUCACUCAGCCCAGAUACUUCUGCAAAUCAUGCCGGAGGUACUGGACUAAAGGCGGAACCUUGAGGAAUGUUCCGGUUGGCGGGGGUUGCCGGAAGAACAAGAGAUCCUCAUCCUCCUCAUCUUCAUCUUCAAAGAGGAGCCAAGAUCAUCAAUCCCCACUCAUCACAACCAAUCCCAACCACCCGCUUUCCUCACUCACAAACCUGUCCUAUGAUUCCGACAUCAGCCUUGCUAUUGCCAGGCUUCAGAAGCAGCAUUCAAAUGGGCACAUGGGAUUUGAUCCUGACCAUGAUCUAACCAUGUUGGGAAACCCUAACAACCCACAUUCAGCAUUAAAUUGUACUAAAAUAGAAUUCCGUCUCUCAUCGUUCAUCAUCGACGACACCGAAGCUGUUAUUCUUCAUCUUCUUCGUCAGUCGUUAUUAUCCGGUGCUGCUGCUGCUCUUUUUCUACCGUCCCCAUUGUUCUUCAUCAGGCCCUUUGCCGCGGUUGCUGGCCAAAGUAAGCUCCCCUGUAUAGUGUUCUCUAGUCCCACAUCGGAAAUCUUUGAAAUGGUUCAUCACUAUUUAAGAAACUGCAGAUGUGGCGAAGGAUAUUCAACUGCAGAUGGCGUGAAUGGGCUUGGUUCCAUUUCGAUGGUUCUGGCUCAGGAAAGUCCCCGGGCCUUUUCCGCAGAGAUGCGGGCCCGGAAACGGGGUAACCUUCACGGGCUUGGAUGUUCCUUUGGGCUGAGACACGUGUGGAGCCUGAACUCCAGCCCUGAAGCAACUUGGCCGAACAACAGUUAUUCACGUGCUCCUCCUAAACCGGACUAA